AUGAUCAAUCGAUUAAAAAAUUCAGAUAAUGAAUUAAUUACACAAUUAUCAAGUCAAAAUGGUUUAUACACUCUGAUAUAUAUAAUCGAGUUGGAAAAAACACAGAAAUCGAUUGUGAAUGUUUAUCAAAGAAUAGAUGACUCGUGGACAAAGUUUGAUGGGCGUGAAACAUCUUCAGUAUCGAACGUUGAAUGCAAUGGAAAAGUAUUAACAUUAUGGUUGUGUCAGUCACCUGUCCAAUGGUCAUCAUCGACAUCAUUUUCGAAAACAAACGAAGUAUCACAGCAAACGGUUCCGUCUGUAUCUACCAUCAUAUUUCCACCGUCAAUACAAAGACCAGAAGAUGAUGUUGAGAAAUUAUCUUUGCUCUCUCCAUCACCGUCGCUAGGUUCCUCGUUAAAUGUUGUCGCUACCAAUAAUUCAUCUGUUUUCGUAUAUAAUUCAAUUGAAACACCAAUAUCCACUAUCGAUGAAACUAUCACCGACUUAUCGCCAAUUUCAAACACGGAUACAGUAUCUCCAAUGGCUAUUGAAAAACCGAAUGAAGCAACAAGUGAUGCACAAAACACAUAUCAAGGAUCUAGUACAAUAACAUUUGAUAAUUAUCUUCUACUACCAAAUAAUGAAUCAUCAUUUUUAUAUAAUAUACCAAUGGAUCCCAAAACAAAUGAUCAAGAUGAGUUUGAUAAAAUUGAUGAUUCAUUUUGGGAUUCUAUAGAAGUAAAUCAUUCGUCAAUAACUGAUAUUAGUACUGAUAAACUAACAAAUGUUGAAUACCCAUCGUCAAUUAUUAAUUCGGACACGACCGUAACAUCUUCAACUAGAAGUAAUCAGCCAACGUCUACUUCUACUGCAUCAACAAUAUCAAAAACAGAUUCAGUGAGUGAUUUAUUUUUAACUCUAUUUGAUCAAACAAAACAAGAACAUCAAACAAAAUAUAGUAUUACUAAUCAACGUGUUGAUCAUGAUAUUGCAGUCGAUACAUUGGCAUCAAAUGUUUUGUGGCCAUUAUUAGUUAGUCAGACAAAAAGAAAAUUGAAAAACUCAAAGACAACAAGAACAUCGUCAAUAUCCGGUUUAUCGGAUAGUCAACGUUCUUUUGCCAGUAAUACAUUUUCAACAUUAACUCAUCCCAUUCUAACGUCAUCAUCUUCCACAGCGUCACGAAGUGGGAGUAGUAAUAUGAAUUUAGAAAAGUUAAAACAAUUUUUAAAUUAUACCGAACCAACGGCUCGAACAAAAACAUCAUUAAAUACAACCACUCCUCGAAAUCGUCGUGUAACACCGUACUCAACAAAUAAAAAAUAA